AUGCUGAAGGUGGCCAUGCUCGCGUCCAGCCUGCGGCUUCCCUGCCCACUGAGCAUCCUUGCCUGCCUGUGUGAUGCCCAGAGAGAGCUCUAUUGGGUUUCUCUGAGAAGACAGAAGUUUCCAGCCCAAGGAAGCAUUGAGAUCCACGAUGACAGCGAGGAAGGCUGCUCACAGCGCUCCUGCAAGACGCAUGUCCUCCUGCUGGUGCUGCACGGGGGGAGCAUCCUGGACACAGGCUCGGGUGACCCAUCCUGCAAGGCAGCUGACAUCCACACCUUCAGCUCUGUGCUGGAGAAGGUCACGCGUGCUCAUUUCCCUGCUGCCCUAGGCCACAUUCUCAUCAAGUUCGUCCCCUGUCCUGCCAUCUGCUCAGAGGCAUUCUCCCUUGUCUCGAACCUGAACCCCUACAGCCAUGAUGAGGGCUGCCUCAGCACCAGCCAGGACCACAUCCCCCUGGCUGCUCUGCCCCUGCUGGCCAUCUCCUCCCCGCAGUACCAGGAUGCCGUUGCCACUGUCAUCGAGCGAACCAACCAGGUUUACAGCGAGUUCCUCAAGUCCUCUGAUGGGAUCGGCUUCAGUGGGCAGGUGUGUCUCAUCGGGGACUGUGUGGGUGGCCUCUUGGCCUUUGAUGCCAUCUGCUACAGUGCGGGACCUUCAGGGGACAGCCCUGGCAGUAGCAGCCGGAAGGGAAGCAUCAGCAGCACCCAGGAUACCCCAGUUGUGGUGGAGGAAGAUUGCAGCCUGGCCGGCAGCAAGCGGCUGAGCAAAAGCAACAUUGAUGUCUCCAGUGGGGUGGAGGAGGAGGCGCCCAAGAGGCCGGUGCCACGGAAACAGAGUGACUCCUCCACCUAUGACUGCGAGGCCAUCGCACACCAUGCCUUCCUCUCCAGCAUCCACUCCAGCGUGCUGAAGGAUGAGGCAGAGCAACCAGUGGCCGGGGCACCCCAGCUCCCUGAGGUCAGCUUGGGUCGCUUUGACUUUGAUGUGUCUGACUUCUUCCUCUUUGGCUCACCCCUGGGCCUGGUCCUGGCCAUGCGGAGGACGGUGCUGCCUGGGUUAGAUGGUUUGCAGGUACGUCCUGCCUGCAGCCAGGUCUACAGCUUCUUCCACUGCGCAGACCCUUCUGCCUCAAGGCUUGAGCCGCUGCUGGAGCCCAAGUUCCACCUGGUGCCUCCUGUCAGCGUGCCCCGCUACCAGAGAUUCCCACUGGGUGAUGGACAGUCCCUCCUCCUCGCUGACGCCUUGCACGCCCACAGUCCCCUGUUCCUGGAGGGCAGCUCCCGGGGCAGCCCCCCGCUUCUGGACACCCCCACCUCACCCCUGAGGUUCCAGCGCCCAGGACGGAGGCUGAGUGAGGGCAGCUCCCACAGUGACAGCUCAGAAUCUUCUGACAGCCUGGCACCCCUGGAUGCCUCCUACAUCACAGCCAAGUGGUGGGGCAUGAAGCGGAUCGACUACGCCCUGUAUUGCCCCGAUGUCCUCACCGCCUUCCCCACUGUGGCCCUGCCCCACCUCUUCCAUGCCAGCUACUGGGAGUCCACUGACGUGGUUGCUUUCAUCCUGAGACAGGUGAUGCGGUAUGAGAGCGUGAGCAUCAAGGAGAGUGCUGGCUUGGACCCUGCUGCCCUGAGCCCCGCUUACCCCCGGGAAAAGUGGCUUCGCAAGAGGACCCAGGUGAAGCUGCGGAAUGUCACUGCUAAUCACCGGGCCAAUGAUGUGAUUGCUGCCGAAGAUGGCCCCCAGGUCCUGGUGGGGCGGUUUAUGUAUGGGCCUCUUGACAUGGUGGCUCUGACUGGAGAGAAGGUGGACAUCCUGGUGAUGGCAGAGCCGUCCUCGGGCCGCUGGGUUCACCUGGACACAGAGAUUACCAAUAAUAGUGGCCGUGUCACAUACAAUGUACCCCGGCCCCGGCGUUUGGGUGUUGGUGUCUAUCCUGUGAAGAUGGUUGUCAGGGGCGACCAGAGCUGUGCGAUGAGUUACCUCACGGUGCUGCCUCGGGGCAUGGAGUGUGUUGUGUUCAGCAUUGACGGGUCCUUCGCAGCCAGCGUGUCUAUCAUGGGAAGCGACCCCAAGGUCCGGCCAGGCGCAGUGGAUGUUGUCCGGCACUGGCAGGACCUGGGCUACAUGAUCCUUUACAUCACGGGGAGGCCGGACAUGCAGAAGCAGCGGGUGGUGUCGUGGCUGUCCCAGCACAACUUCCCACAGGGCAUGAUCUUCUUCUCGGACGGGCUGGUACACGACCCGCUGCGGCAGAAGGCCAUCUUCCUCCGUAACCUCAUGCAGGAGUGCUUCAUUAAAAUCAGUGCUGCCUAUGGCUCCACGAAGGACGUCUCUGUCUACAGUGUUCUGGGACUGCCAGCCUCCCAGAUCUUCAUUGUGGGCCGGCCCACCAAGAAGUACCAAACCCAGUGCCAGUUCCUGAAUGAAGGCUACGCCGCACACCUGGCGGCGCUGGAGGCCAGCCACCGCUCGCGCCCCAAGAAGAACAACUCGCGCAUGAUCCUGCGCAAGGGCAGCUUCGGGCUGCACGCCCAGCCGGAGUUCCUGCGCAAGCGCAACCACCUGCGCAGGACCAUGUCGGUGCAGCAGCCCGACCCGCCCGCCGCCAACCCCAAACCCGAGCGCGCGCAGAGCCAGCCCGAAUCUGACAAGGACCACGAGCGGCCGCUGCCCGCUCUCAGCUGGGCUCGUGGGCCUCCCAAGUUCGAAUCGGUGCCCUGA